UCGACCUGUGCACAUUUCCCAAAAUAUAAAUACUUAAAAAAUAUAAUUUUUUUUUUAGAUCUAUAUAACCUAUAACUAUAACCGGGUUACGGUUUAAAAAUAUUUUUCGAAAAGGUUUUUAAAAAACAGUGCUUUUCAAACUGGACCACAUUUUCGAAGACUGUCAGCGACAGCAAUUUCAAAAAAUGUCUCACGGCGAACGAAAAGGUCGACUUAAUGUGGUUAAAUUUCUAGAAUUGGGCUUUGCCGUGGCCUGUUUGGUUCUACACUUCUAUAGUUUCAAUGAUCGGGAUAUAAUGACCUCAUUUCUGGCCACAGGAACAUUCACAGGAUAUAUUAUAGUGGUCAUAGGUGUAUUUGCAGGCGUUUUGAUGCGAGCGCCCAUCCACAAGCGCAUCGACAUUUUCUUCAGCGUCCUCGGCUGCACUCUUUUCGUGGCCAGCGGUGUGUUCAUCAUCGAGGCCUGGGAGUUCUCGUUCCGGACCAGGACCCGCGACCUGGCCCUCAUCAAGGCCUCCUUGUCCAUUGUCAAUGGGGUGCUCUUUGGAUUCGAUGCCGUUUUCACAUUUCGCGACAAAUGAACAUUAUUUCCAGCGCAAAACCAAAUUCAUUUCGUCAUCUGGAACUCAUUUUUUUUUAUGCAUUUAAUAGUUUUUAAGUUGCCGGGUUUGCUAAAUUAAUAUAUAUAUAUAUAUAUUUAAUUCUUAUUAUUUUAUUUUUUUUUUUGUUUUUUGCCAGCUCUGGAAUAUCACUGAUCAUACAUACAUACAACAGCAGUUUAACGUUAAUCUUUAUAUUUAAGUGUGUUCUUAUUUUUUUUUGUUUUUUUGUCUCAAUAAAAGAUAAAUCUCCAUCUCUCAAAAA